AUGUCUAUAGAAACACAGUCAGCGCCCAUCCACCAAGCCGGAACAAAUGAUGGAUGGCACGGAGUGAUCGAGUCUGGCGGGGAAUUCGAGCCGGAAGCGGGGCGAUAUCAUCUCUACAUUGGAUUGUUCUGUCCAUUUGCACACCGGGCCAAUCUUGUUCGUCAUAUCAAGGGCUUACAGUCCGCGAUUGACGUGUCGAUAGUUCGCCCAUAUCCCAAAGGCGACUCCAAGGGUUGGCCUGGUUGGAAGUUUCCUGCUAACGAACAAGAGUAUGAAGGCGCGACAGUUGACAAGCUCUUCGGAAGUGAAUAUCUUCAUGAAGUUUACUUUAAGGAUGACAAGGAUUAUAAAGGACGAUACUCGGUUCCUUUGCUGUGGGACAAGAAGACCAAUAAAAUUGUUAACAAUGAAAGUGCUGAAAUACUGAGGUGGCUACCUACGGCAUACAAUGGCACGUCCAUCAUAUCUGCAGAGGCGGCGGAAAUUGAUCUCUACCCGGAGUCCCAUCGCAAAGAGAUCGAUUCCUUGUCUGAAUGGAUUCAACGAGACCUGAACUCAGGUGUCUACAAAGCCGGAUUUGCUACCACCCAAGCAGACUACGACAAAGCCGUGAUACCGGUGUUCGGCGCUCUUAACGUCCUGGAAAAACUGAUCUACGACAAGGGUGGUCCAUAUGUGCUUGGCGAACAUCUUACGGAGCUAGAUAUACGGUUAUAUGCGACUUUGGUCCGUUUUGAUACGGUCUAUGUUCAGCACUUCAAAUGCAAUCUGGGAACUAUCCGUCAUGACUAUCCUGUGCUUAAUGCAUGGUUAUCCCAUUUGUACUGGAAAGUCCCGGGAUUCAAAGAAACCACCGACUUCAAACACAUCAAGGAGAAUUACACCAAAAGUCAUGACGACAUCAACCCUAGGGCUAUCACGCCUCGUGGUCCUUUCCCUGAUGUCGAGAAUUAUAUCCCGGAGAAGCCAACGAAUUACGGAGGUGUGAGUUUGCCAGAGGUAUUGGAGUAUGAAAAGAAGCUUGAAAGUGAGGUGUUUGGUAAACAGAAGCUUUGA